UGCGAGUCAGCUCGCUCGUUCUGUGAUCUAUUGUGAGUGGCUUCCGAGAGCCCCAUGUUGAUGUCGGGGAGGGAGGGAAGAUGGCGGCUGUGGCGGCGGGCGGCCUGGUGGGGAAGGGGCGAGACAUCAGCCUAGCGGCCCUGCAGCGCCACGACCCCUAUAUCAACCGCAUCGUGGACGUGGCCAGCCAAGUGGCUCUGUACACUUUCGGCCAUCGGGCCAACGAGUGGGAGAAGACUGAUGUGGAGGGAACUCUAUUUGUUUACACAAGGUCUGCUUCUCCAAAGCAUGGAUUCACCAUUAUGAAUAGGCUGAGCAUGGAAAAUAGGACAGAACCUAUUACUAAAGACCUGGAUUUCCAACUCCAGGACCCUUUCCUUCUCUACAGAAAUGCCAGAUUGUCCAUUUAUGGAAUUUGGUUUUAUGAUAAGGAAGAAUGCCAAAGAAUUGCAGAGCUUAUGAAAAACCUGACUCAGUAUGAACAGUUGAAAGCCCAUCAAGGAACAGCAGCAGGAACCUCCCCAAUGAUCCUCAAUUCAGGAGAGGGGAAGGAAGUGGAUAUCUUAAGAAUGCUGACCAAGGCCAAAGAUGAAUACACAAAGUGUAAAACCUGUUCUGAGCCAAAACAGAUUACCAGUUCAUCCGCCAUCUAUGACAACCCCAAUCUCAUCAAACCAAUUCCAGUGAAACCCAGUGAAAGCCAACAACAGCGCAUACCUCAGCCCAGCCAGACCUUAGACCCUGAACCCCAACACUUAUCCUUGACAGCGCUCUUUGGGAAGCAGGACAAAGCUCCAUGUCAGGAAACUGUGACACCUCCACAGAACUUCUACGAGCAGCAGCAGCAGCAAGAGAAGCUUCCAGUUAGGCAGGGGGUUGUACGGUCCCUGUCCUAUGAGGAAACCAAAAGACACUCGCCCCCGUUGGAGAAGCAGCUCUGUCCAGCCAUUCAGAAACUCAUGGUCAGGAACAUGGACCUCCACCCAUUGUCAGAGCUGCCUGAAAACCGGCCCUGUGAAAAUGGCAGUCCCCAUUCUGCUGGGAAAGUUUUUACUGGACUUAUCCAGCCAGCAUCUCCCCAUAACACUGGGACUUCUCAUCGUGUCCAAAGUGCUUCCAGAACUCAGAACCUGUUAGAGAAGCUUCAGAGUGCCCCAGGGCGUAGAGUGCUUCAGAGUGCCAGCACACCAGCGCCUGUCAACUCAACUAUCCCGAAUUUCAGUAGAACUCUCACUGCUGCUACCCCUGCAGCUCCAAGAAAGGGUUUGGUUCAGCCACAACUGUUAUAUUUCAAUGGCUCCCUUCCACCUGAGAUGCUAGGACAUCAGGCUUCUGCGAAAGAACAGUCCGCAUUCCCAAGACCAGCCCUUCCGCUGUCCUGCACUCAAACUAGCAGUUGUGGCGUGGUCUCCCCUCAGGAGCUGCUGAGAAAGCUCCAGAUAGUGCAGCAGGAGCAGCAGCUGCACACACCCAGCCGACCAACCCUGGCAGCUAAGUUCCCUGUGGUAGCUCAGAGCUCUAGGACAGUGAAACCUGUGGAAUCCUGGAUCGACAGGACAUCCAGCACAGAAAGGCAGGCUCCUCUUUUUCAGGUCAUCUCACCUCAGCGCAUCCCUGCUACAGUGACUCCUUCUCUGCUCAUGUCGCCCAUGGUGUUCACGCAGUCCACCUCUGCCCCAUCAAAGGAGAGGGACAGUGGGCUCUUGUCUUUGGGAAGCCAAGAACCAACUGCUGCGGCCACCAGCCUCUUCCUGCCUCUGCAGAACCCAGAGCCUUCUGUGAUCACCAGCAGCCCACCUACCAAGCUGCAACUUCAGGAAGCACUGCUGUACCUCAUUCAGAAUGACGACAACUUCUUAAAUAUAAUCUAUGAAGCGUAUCUCUUCAGCAUGACACAAGCAGCCAUGAAAAAGACUAUGUGAAAGCAAACAUUUUUAACUGAUUUUCAAGGUCCAUCCAGAACUCAGCAUAAGGUUCUUCAAUGUCAAGUUGUGUUACCUUAAAUGUUUCUGUCUUUUUAUAAAAAAAAAAAAAAAAGUAUAAAUAUUAAAUAAAUGUUUCAGACUUUUUGUAUAGUCAA